AGAGGAAAGAGAGGAAAAAUAGAAAGAGUAGAGCAGCUCUACAGUGCUCUCUCUCUCUCUCUCUCUCUCCAGCAUGCGGCAGUGAACCGGGAGGACUGCGGGACUUUACACACACACACACACACACACACACACGGCACUGAGAGGAGACUUUUACUGCACAAAUCGCACUCACAGUGUCCUCAGCACUACUGAUUUCUCUCCCUGGCUGUGGGAAGUGGACGCACAGAAAAGCCACACAUCUUGCUGAGCUGCCUGGAAGCUGAAGUUGGACAUAUACAACUUGCGCACACACACACACACACACACACACACACACACACACACACACACACACACACACACACACACACUCGUGCCCGGAGCUGCUGUCAUGGCCCCAGAAUUCAGUGCGUCACUCUGGUGAGCGGUGGGGCGAACCAGGCAGAAGACAUGUUGGCACGGAGGGACGGGUACCGCACUGAAACUAGCUGUAGUAACCAUGGAAACGGUGUGGAGGAGCUUGGCCUGUGUUGGGGUCAUUGCCAUGGUAACCGCCGGAGUAGGAGCGAGCGCCUCUGCUCAGGAGGGUCAAGCUGCGUUCCUCUCCACUCUGGCCCACUAUGAGAUUGCCGUCCCAAUCCGCGUUGGCCCCCAGGGCAAGUCUCUGUACGAUGACGAGGCCUCAUCCAGGCACAGACGCCAUCGACGGAGCACCGAGACGAAACAGGAGGCCCCUGAGUCGCAGCUUUAUUACCAGCUAUCCACACCGAGCACUAGUCUCUUCAUGAACCUCACGCUGCAGAGCGGCCUUCUGUCCCGCAAGUUCCGCAUCGAGUACUGGAGGAAGGGCAGACUGGCGUGGAGUCACCCGUACUCAUCCGGCUGCCAGUAUGUGGGGCAUCUGCAGCACCAGCCCCAGUCCAGCACUGUGGCCCUCAGUAACUGCAAUGGCCUGCAGGGGGUGAUCGUAGCCGGUGGAGAGGAAUACCUCAUUGAACCUUUGGUUUCUGCUGAGAACCAGACGAGUGUGGAUGGGAAAGAAGAGCGCCCCCAUGUGGUGUAUAAAAGAUCGUCUCUGCGACAUCUCUACAUGGAUCAGUCCUGUGGAGUCAUCGAUGAGAAACCAAGCAAAAGCUUCGAUUGGUGGCAGAGAACGAUUAAACCGCCCAACCAGAUGGGCCGUGGCCAGUUGCCCCUCAAGCGCUCGGUUAGCCGCGAGCGCUACGUAGAGACACUGGUGGUGGCUGAUAAGAUGAUGGUGUCGUACCACGGGCGGCGUGACAUCGAGCAGUACAUUCUGGCUGUCAUGAAUAUUGUUGCCAAACUGUUCCAGGAUUCUAGCCUGGGGAACGCAGUGAACAUUGUGGUGACUCGACUGAUCCUACUAAUGGAGGAUCAGCCGACUCUGGAGAUCAACCACCACGCGGGGAAGUCUUUGGACAGUUUCUGUAAGUGGCAGAAAUCCAUUCAGCAGAGCAACGGCCAUGGAAACGCCAUCCCCGAAAAUGGCAUUGCACCCCACGACACGGCUGUCCUCAUCACAAGAUAUGACAUCUGCAUCUACAAGAACAAGCCGUGUGGGACCCUCGGCCUGGCCCCAGUUGGUGGAAUGUGUGAGCCGGAGCGAAGCUGCAGUAUAAAUGAAGACAUCGGUCUGGCCACGGCGUUCACCAUCGCUCACGAGAUUGGACACACGUUCGGUAUGAAUCACGAUGGCGUAGGGAACCCGUGUGGAGCUCGCAAUCAGGAGACGGCGAAGCUCAUGGCCGCCCACAUCACCAUGAAGACCAACCCGUUCGUGUGGUCAGCCUGCAGCCGCGAUUACAUCACAAACUUCCUCAACUCCGGAAUGGGAUCGUGUGUGAAUAACGUUCCCCCGAAGCAGGAGUUUGUGUAUCCGACCAUGGCACCCGGUCAGGCCUAUGACGCCGAUGAGCAGUGCCGCUUCCAGUACGGAAUAAAAUCUCGGCAGUGUAAAUAUGGGGAGGUGUGCAGUGAACUGUGGUGUAUGAGUAAGAGUAACCGCUGUAUAACCAGCAGCAUCCCUGCAGCUGAAGGCACCAUCUGCCAGACCAACACCAUUGACAAAGGGUGGUGCUACAAGCGGAUGUGUGUGCCGUACGGUACUCGCCCGGAAGGAGUGGACGGUCAGUGGAGUGCAUGGUCUCCGUGGGAGGAGUGUAGUCGUACCUGUGGGGGCGGAGUCUCCUCCUCUAUUCGCCACUGUGACAGCCCCAGGCCGACUGUCGGAGGACGCUUCUGUCUGGGCGAGAGGAAAAGGUUCAAAUCCUGCAACAUCGAGGAGUGCCCUCCUGGGUCUCAGGAUUUCCGAGAGAUUCAGUGCUCGGAUUUUGACAGCGUUCCUUUCCGGGGGAAAUUCUACACCUGGAAGCCGUACAGAGGCGGUGGAGUAAAAUCCUGUUCUCUGAACUGCCUGGCUGAGGGUUAUAACUUCUACACCGAGCGUGCCCCGGCAGUGGUGGAUGGGACGCCGUGUAGAGACGACUCCCUGGAUGUGUGUGUUAACGGCGAGUGUAAGCAUGUGGGCUGCGAUAAAAUCCUCGGCUCGGAUGCCCGUGAGGACCGCUGCCGCGUGUGUGGGGGUGACGGGAGCAGCUGCGAGGCCAUCGAGGGUGUCUUCAAUGAUUCACUGCCUGAAGGAGGUUAUGAAGAGGUGAUCAGGAUUCCUAAAGGGUCUGUGUUCAUACAUAUACAGGAACUCAACAUUUCUCUUAAUUAUCUCGUUCUGAAAAGCAAAAGUGACCAGUACUUCAUCAACGGCAAGCUGACCAUUGACACGCCGCGCCGGUUCGACAUCGCUGGGACGACUUUCCACUACCGCCGACCCGCUGAUCAACCCGAGACCCUCGAGGCCAUUGGGCCCACCAAUAUGACCCUCAUUGUCAUGGUGUUGGUGAGGGAAGAGAACCAAGGUAUCCAUUAUCGCUUUAACCCGCCUGUAAACAGAGACACUCAGAGCGUCUUCACCUGGCACUCGACGUCCUGGAGCCGCUGCUCCGUCUCAUGCGCUGGAGGGUUUCAGAUCCAGCAGGUGGUGUGUAAGAAACAAUCUGAUCACUCAGUGGUUUUCAAUCACUUCUGUGACAAGAAGAGCAAACCGAAAGAGAAGAAACGUUCAUGCAACAUGGCGCCGUGUCCUCCAACCUGGUGGCUUAGCGAGUGGUCCGAGUGCAGCAGGAGUUGUAGUGGUGGCGUGCGGACGCGGGAGGUGCUGUGUAAGAGGAAGAUCAGCUCCACAGAAGAGAAGGUUCAGGACGAUUCGGCAUGUUUCCACCCGCGGCCUCCUGUCACCGAACCCUGCAAUAAUCACACCUGUCCACCUGAGUGGCACGCCCUCGACUGGUCUGAGUGCACUCCCAGCUGUGGUCCAGGUUACAGGCAGAGAGUGAUCCUGUGCAGGAGCGGAGAGAGCGGAGACACUCUGGCUGAGUCCGAAUGUCCUAAACAUGGCCGCCCCACCACCAGGAUGCGCUGUAACCUGCAGCGUUGUCCUCCUCCUCAGUGGCUCACUGGACCAUGGAGUGAGUGUUCGGCUAAGUGUGGCAUGGGGCAUCAGAUGCGCUCGGUGCAGUGUGUGUCGCACACCGGCCUGCCAUCUCACGAGUGUCCAGAACUGCUUCGACCUGCCUUCAUGCAGCAGUGCAGGAGCAAGUGUGACCUCAGCGUCCCCACGGACAACCCUGAGGAGUGUAAAGAUGUGAACACAGUGGCAUACUGCCCCCUGGUGCUCAGGUUCAAGUUCUGCAGCCGCCCAUAUUUCCGGCAGAUGUGCUGCAAGACCUGCCAAGGACACUGACCUCCUCUCUCUCUCUCUCUCUCUCUCUGUCUCUCUGUGUCUCUCUCUCUUGGUCUAUCUAUCUGCUCCCUUGCUCUCUGCUUUCCAUGCUCGGAGUGCCAGUCCUAUGCCAGAGAGACAGAAAGAGAGAGAGAGAGGGAAGGAAGGAGGGAGAGAGACUGUGCUGCUGUCCUCCACUCUCCCAAACCAGCUGCUCUGGUGCAGUUCCUGUGAAUGUCAGAUGGUCAGAGAGAGCUUUGUCUUCUAUUAGUUGUCCUGAACAUGGUGCUAGUUCUUAUUUCAUCCAUAUUUCAGACGGAAUACUUGGGUUGGUCUCAGUAAUAGCUACAGCUGAGCACAGGACUGCACAGAUUACUGCUUUUCCCUGCUUAUAGGUUCAUACCAUUUAUAAUAAUCUUUCCUGUAUGGAGUCAUUCUGAGUCUUAAAAUAUCUUACGUAAAGUACAGAAAUUCGCAACCCGUAUUUCAGCCGAGGAACAAAGUUACAAAACUUCCUUCGUCUGGCUCAGAAUUUUGUUUUCUUAAAUUAGCUGAAGCUUUGCUUAAAGAGACAGAAGCAUUUUAGAGAUUCGAUCCAGAGAUUAUAAAAGAAGUCUUAGGCUAAGGUCUCACAUAGCCAGAAUCACUUCACAGUAGACCUUUCAGGGGUCGACUGGCAUGCGUUCCAGGCCCUUCCGUUGGAAUGCAUGAGAGCCGAGGAACUACCUUGACAACCGGGAGGGUGUGGCUUCCAUCCCCAGAAAGUCUGGUUGUGUUGAAAAUUGCCGUGGAUCAAAUCAAGCGCUGGAUAAAUUCAACCGUCGCAACCGUGAAGGCAUCCACGAGCAUCCUUUAGGCAUACCUACGUAAGGCUUACAUGGACUACCAGGGGUUACAUUAGCAAUCCUUCGCAAUCAGAGCUCAAAAUGUUCCUGGAACAUGUUUUCCGUCGCUAUUGUCAUGGCUACCGUGGCUUCAUUUGCAUAUUUCUUCUUCUUUUGGUUGCUCCCGUAUGUUCAGGGUCACCACAGCGGACCUGUUCCUCAUAUUUAAUUUGGCAUAGGUUGCUUGCUGAUGCAACCCUCCCCAGUCUAGCCGGGCUUGGGACCAGUGCUAAGUAUGCCCUGUCUUGUCCAACCCCGGGUGGGUAUUUUACCUAAUCUGCAUGUCUUUGGACUUUGGAGGAAACUGGAGCACCCAGAGGAAACCCACACAGACACGGGGACAACAUGCAAACUCCACACAGAAAGGCCCCCGUCGGCCAUGAGGUUCAAACCCAGGAACCUUCUUACUGUGCGGCAACAGUGCUAACCACUACACCACUGUGCCGCCUCUUCGUUUGCAUAUUUACUCCGCCCAAAUUUAUGCGACAGAUCACCUCCAGAAUCCGAUAGGCCCCAGCCCCGGUUCUCACGGCUCAACCGGCUAUAUGUGACCUUAGCGUUACCGAGAUAAAGUGCUUAAUGAAGAUGAAUGAAUGAGAAAAGGAUUUGAAGGUUAUACGGUGUAUCCGAAAAUCAAAAUCUUGAAAUUCUACCUGUUUAAAUGUCAUUGAAGUUCAUUGUGAAUUCAUCAGAUGUACAAUGUUUGAGUUCAAAAUUUCACAUUUCAAAAUUCAGCGCAUCAAAUUCCGAUUCGGCGAAUCCUCGGCCGUUAAAGUCGGCGCUCAAUCAAAUUUCAAUUUCAGAUUGAGUUAAUGUACAUACAAAACAUAAAUUAUAUUUGACGCAGUUCAUCCAGAGAAAUUCAGAAAAUUUAAUCCAUUCAUUUUUAACUUGGCCAGGGUUUGAAGUGGAUCCGGAGAUUAUCCCGGGAUCACCUUCUGGAUGCAUGAAAUUUCAGAUCAGCAGGAUACAAAUCCAAUUUCUACUGUCACAAAUAUCAUUCCAUUAUUCACUUACACAGCUCUUGGUUUCACACAGCAGCCAUCGAGCUCUAGGUGAUGAUCAGGAACCGUAUUUCAAUCAUCAAUCGCAUUUUAUUAAAAAUGUAAAACAAGGAUGUUUCUGUUCAUCCAGGCUUUUAGACUGAUGAGUGCAAUUGUAUCUCAUCAGCAUAGAACCUUGGUGUUGUCCAGGAGCCUGGAUAUACUGUAACCCCAAUUCACGGUCCCAGACUCUCUGCAUGGAACAUUCAGGUGUUAUUUAUUUAUUUAUUUUCCAUUUCCUCUCUUCUGUCGCUCAUAAACUCUCAUAAGUCAUGACAUAAUGUAAGGAAAACCCCUGAACUGUGCAGUGCUGUGUUUAAAAAAAAAAAAUGGACCACAUUUUUCACUGUUUACAUCAUCUCCGUUUCUCUUUUUAACACAUUUCUUUAAUUAGAAUGAUUUCUUUGUUCUUAUUAAGAAAUUUAGCCAUCUGUACACCAUCUGAAAUCACAUCAUACAUACAAGUGGCAAGUAAAAUGAUAUUUUAAAAACGUUCAGCCAAAAAAAAACCCUAAACAUUUUCUCGAUAUUUGCACAAAGUUCCUCUUUCAAAUGUAUUCGAUCAACCAAGAAAUGUUCACUUCCUGAUGUUUUGUAACUGAAAUCUGUCUUACUUAAAAUAAUAGUUAAAAAAUAAUUCCAAAUCCAGUUCUUCUGUGAAGAUAAACAGACGUGCCGACAUGGUUUAGGAUACGAUAAAAACAAAUCAAACUUCACAGCGUAGGUAUUGGUACUGGAAUGAGGAAGGUGGGUGGAGUGGAGUAGAGUGGCUUAAACACGUACAGUACGUUAACGAUUAUAGCAUUAUUUCCAGAUACACUGCAACCGUGCUAUAACGAACUCUUACUAUGAAUUUCCGCAUAUAACGAACUAAGUUCGUGUCCCCACCUUUAGUGACAAUGAAUCGGAAUCUUCAAAAAAAAAAUCAGGGUCACAUCCAUGUGUGUUGGUGCUCAGAGAGUGCGCAGCGCCAUUAAGACUAAUGACAGUACUCUGCACCUGUUCCAGAUUAGAGUGCAAUCACAGCGUGCACUUAUAAAGACUCUUGAAACACACAGACUUGGCGAAAUAUACACACUGUACCGAGAGUCUCACAUUACCAAGCCUUAUAUCUGUGUAUUGCCUUUCUGGUUCUGACUUUGUUUUGUUUUGUAUAUUUGGACUCUGCCUUUCGUCUUUGCCUCCGCUGUUCUGUUUGUGCCUCGCAUGACCAUCGCCCAUUUCACGACCUUGCCUUCGUCUUACAUGUUUUAACUGUUUGCCUGCCUGUUUGUAAACAAACACUCUUCCUGCAAUUGCAUCCAUCAUUCGCCUGUUUACAUGACACACUGAGUCAUGUGCUCCUUCUUCCCAUCGAUAAAAGGAUGAAAUGACUGCUGCCACUGCUAAACUUAACACCUAGUUAAACCGUACCGGCGGUGUUUUUAUACCCCCAGCCCCGUGGCGCGAUGUAAAUGACAUCAUCGGUGAUUUGCAACAAAUGAAUGAACUGAAUGGUGAAGAUUUAGAAAACGUAGCGAGUCAGUGGGUGGACACUGACAUGAUAUGAUACAAAGGUAACCCCUGUCAUUUCCAUAACAGACGAAGAAAUCAUCGCCUCCGCUCGUGAUCCUUUAAUUCAGUCAGUGAACCGCGAUAAUGACUCGGAAGGAGAAAUUAAUGAUAGGGAGAAUGUGACUAUAAUUUUGCAUAUAAUGCGAGUGUUUGGUGUGACAUUUCAGUAUUACGAACUAUCUGGACGUCGCCCAAGGAGUUCGUUGUAGCGGAGUUGCAGUGUAAUUAUAUUCUUGCAGUGUAAUUAUAUUACAAGUGUUAUAGUAAUAGAUGAAAAUGAAUAGUUUCGUGGCUCAGAUCUGCUGUAUUCUUCAAGUCAAUUUUGUAUACUUAUCCAAAGAACCUUAACAUUUUGAUAUCAUCCAUCCAUCUAUCCAUCCAUUUUCUUCUGCUUAUCCAAAGUCGGGUCGUGGUGGCAGCAGGCUAAGCAGGGUAUUCCAGGCGUCCCUCUCCCCAGCAAUGCUUUCCAGUUCCUCAUAGGGGAUCCCAAGGUACUCCCAGGCCAGAUUAAAUAUAUAAUCCUUCCAGCGUGUUCUGGGUCUACCCCGAGGUAUCCUCCCAGUUGGACGUGCCCGGAAAACCUCCAAAGGAAGGCGCCCAGGAGACAUCCUAAUCAGAUGCCCAAACCACCUCGGCUGACUCCUUUCGACAUGAAGGAGCAGUGGCUCGGCUCCGAGAUCCCUCUGGAUGUCUGAGCUCCUUACUCUGUCUCUAAUGGUGAGCCCAGCCACCCUACGGAGAAAGCUCGUUUCAGCCGCUUGUAUCCGCAAUCUCAUCCUUUCGGUCACUACCCAAAGUCCAUGACCAUAGAUGAGGGUUGGAACGUGGAUUGACUGGUAAAUCAAAAGCUUUGCCUUCCGGCUCAGCUCCCUCUUCACCACGACGGUCCGGUACAACGCCCAAAUAUAUGCGUCUUUAUAUCAAUCAAGAAAUUUAAACAUCAGUUAUUUAGAUGUCACAUGUUGCAUCGAUUACAGUACAUCCUGUCUUCACUUUUAAUCAAAUUGGGUGUAAAUGAGUCGAUACACUUUUCAAAUUUUUUGUGUAAGGAAAAAACAAAACAUCUUGGCUGAUCGACUACUUUUGGGAUGAAAAGGAAAAUUGUGGAAAUAGUUUUUUCUCACUCAAACUACUUCUUUAAAUCAUUUAGUUGUUAAGUUUUAUGGCCUGAUCAACCGUUCAGUAUAAUAAGCUUCAUAAAACCGUGCUGUUAUGGUCUGUAAUGUGCUUUUAUAUAUACUGUAGACUGUAUCACCUCUCUGUGGUUGUAUUUUGGUAGUCCUGAUCUUACCCUUUGGUCUGGGAUGGUUAUGGGGCGUUAAUCCGACCGCGAUCUCAACACAUCUAUUAUUAUCACAACACUAAUAUAGCUGGAGGUCAUGAGUCAUCGACGCCUUAUACUGUGACAUUCGGGUGCAUUUUCACACACCAAGCAUUUUAAAAAAGGCAGUGUUCAUAGGGCUACACAACUGCUGCAUAAGCCCUUUAUGACUUGAUGUACCCAUGCAUACAGUGGUGCUUGAAA